CUCUCUUCCAAGUCUCUCCUUCUCUCCGUCUCCUUCUCUCUCUCUCUACUGUUCUCUACCUCUGCGAUUCAGAUCGGAUGGCGAACCAGGACGAGGCCUCCUCGUCGGAUCCGAAGUCGGCAAAGAGGGAUUUCAGCACGGCGAUUUUGGAGAGGAAGAAGGCUCCGAAUCGGCUGAUCGUUGACGAGGCUGUUAAUGACGAUAAUUCUGUGGUGUCGAUACACACCAAUACGAUGGAGAAGCUCCAGUUUUUCAGAGGGGAUACAAUCCUUUUGAAGGGAAAGAAAAGGAAAGAUACAAUCUGUAUUGUUCUUGCUGAUGAUUCAUGUGAGGAACCUAAGAUUAGGAUGAACAAGGUUGUGAGAUCAAAUCUAAAAGUAAGGCUUGGUGACGUGGUUUCAGUUCACCAAUGCCAGGAUGUGAAAUAUGGAAAGCGUGUGCAUAUACUUCCAAUUGAUGAUACCAUUGAAGGUGUCACGGGGAACCUGUUCGAUGCAUAUUUGAAGCCAUAUUUUAUGGAGGCCUAUCGCCCUGUUAGGAAAGGAGAUCUCUUUCUUGUCCGAGGUGGUAUGAGAAGUGUGGAGUUUAAAAUAAUAGAAACUGACCCAGCUGAGUAUUGUGUUGUGGCUCCCGACACCGAAAUCUACUGCGAGGGGGAGCCUGUUAAUAGGGAAGAUGAAAACAGACUUGAUGAUGUGGGCUAUGAUGAUGUGGGUGGAGUCAGAAAACAGAUGGCUCAGAUUAGAGAAUUGGUAGAGCUUCCCCUCAGACAUCCUCAGCUUUUCAAAUCAAUUGGUGUUAAACCACCAAAAGGGAUCUUACUCUAUGGACCACCAGGCUCUGGCAAGACUUUGAUAGCCAGAGCAGUAGCAAAUGAGACUGGAGCCUUCUUCUUUUGCAUUAACGGUCCUGAGAUUAUGUCAAAGUUAGCUGGAGAAAGUGAAAGCAAUCUCAGGAAGGCUUUUGAAGAAGCUGAGAAGAAUGCACCAUCUAUUAUUUUUAUUGAUGAAAUUGAUUCAAUUGCUCCAAAGCGCGAGAAAACUCACGGCGAAGUUGAGAGGCGAAUUGUUUCACAGCUUCUUACGUUGAUGGAUGGACUCAAAUCCCGUGCGCAUGUAAUUGUAAUUGGAGCAACAAAUAGGCCAAACAGUAUUGACUCAGCUCUUAGAAGGUUUGGUAGGUUUGACAGGGAAAUUGAUAUUGGUGUGCCAGAUGAAAUUGGACGUCUUGAAGUCCUCCGCAUUCACACGAAGAAUAUGAAGCUUUCUGAUGAUGUUGAUCUGGAGAGAAUUGCUAAAGACACCCAUGGCUAUGUUGGGGCUGACCUUGCUGCGCUCUGUACAGAAGCUGCUCUCCAAUGCAUUAGGGAGAAAAUGGAUGUUAUUGAUUUGGAAGAUGAAACCAUUGAUGCUGAGGUGCUCAACUCAAUGGCUGUCACAGAUGAACAUUUCAAGACAGCUCUGGGAACAAGCAAUCCAUCUGCACUCCGUGAGACGGUUGUUGAAGUUCCCAAUGUCAGCUGGGAUGAUAUUGGUGGACUUGAGAAUGUUAAGAGGGAACUUCAAGAGACUGUCCAAUAUCCAGUUGAACAUCCAGAGAAGUUUGAGAAGUUCGGAAUGUCUCCUUCAAAAGGGGUGUUGUUCUACGGUCCUCCUGGCUGUGGUAAGACUCUGCUUGCUAAGGCCAUUGCCAAUGAAUGCCAAGCCAACUUUAUCAGUGUGAAGGGUCCUGAGCUGCUCACCAUGUGGUUCGGUGAGAGCGAGGCGAAUGUUCGCGAGAUUUUUGAUAAGGCUCGACAGUCUGCACCUUGUGUUCUGUUCUUUGAUGAGCUUGACUCAAUUGCUACUCAGAGAGGGAGCAGUGUUGGUGAUGCCGGAGGUGCUGCUGAUAGAGUCCUCAAUCAACUUCUCACAGAGAUGGAUGGAAUGUCUGCGAAGAAAACCGUCUUCAUUAUCGGCGCUACAAACAGGCCUGACAUCAUUGACCCUGCAUUGCUCCGGCCAGGCCGCCUGGACCAGUUGAUUUACAUUCCUCUACCAGAUGAGGCUUCCAGAUAUCAGAUAUUUAAAGCUUGUCUCAGGAAAUCCCCCAUCUCAAAAGAGGUUGAUUUGGGGGCUCUGGCUAAGUACACCCAAGGCUUCAGUGGCGCAGAUAUUACAGAAAUUUGUCAGCGCGCCUGCAAGUACGCAAUCCGAGAAAAUAUUGAGAAGGACAUUGAGAAGGAGAUGCGUCGUAACGAAAAUCCAGAAGCCAUGGAGGAAGACGAAGGAGAUGAAGUUGCAGAAAUCAAAGCUGGCCACUUUGAGGAGUCCAUGAAAUACGCUCGGCGGAGCGUGAGUGAUGCCGACAUCCGCAAGUACCAGGCAUUCGCCCAAACCCUGCAGCAGUCGAGAGGUUUCGGCAGCGAGUUCCGGUUUUCAGACGGCGCCGGCGGUGCGGCUGGAGGAGCUGACCCAUUCGCUACCUCUGCAGCUGCUGAUGAGGAUGACUUGUAUAGUUAAACGUCAUGGCUUUUUAAUUGUGUCGUAGUGCUUGAAAAUGAUAGACAUGGUGUCAAGUUUCAUUUAAUUUCUUAACAUUGUUUCAUGUGUCUAGUUGUUUUCUUUUUCUACCUAAGAUGGUUGUUGUCUUCUUCCUAAAUUGUUUAGGGGGAGCUAAAAGGAUUUAUUAAUAGUCUUUUAAUGAGUUUAGAAGAUUCUAUCAUGUUAAAGCUUGCUUAAGUGGAAGCAUUAAAGUGUCCAGGUAAUA